CGCAAGUUUACACGCUAUGGUGGAAGUAUCGUUUGUGUGUACCGUCAGACUGCCGAUUAAGCAGCGGUUAAUUUCAACAUUUUCUCCAAUAUAGAAAAAUUAUCUCCGGUGAAUAUUUAAUUACCGUUCUUGUGCGCGCCUCUAGCAAAGUUAGAAGUGUGGGAUCGAAAAUAAAAUUUUCAUAACCAAAUAAAAGUUGAUUUAAUGCUUUUGUCGCUCUCAACACAUUACUCAGUGCAUAUUUCACCCUAUGAGCUGCUUUCCUUUUACGUCAAUUUCCUGACACGAAUCGACACCAAAUGGUUUCAUUGGUCGAAUCUAACGGAACAGACCAAUCGUACUGCUUUCUGUUGGUUUGUGUCAGAAACUUGUAAAAGAAAAGCAGCCAAGUCUUUAGAUAACCUCGUCGGCAAGCAGCAUCGAAAAUAUACGCGCAAUGAGUUUAUUUUUCAGUGUAAGUGAAAAGUUGGGUGUCAGUCGACUGAUUCACUGAUUUUAUCAUUGGAACAAAUAUAUAACUAGCCUGGUUUCGAGCCAGUAAAUAUUAUCAGUGUAAAAAUAUAGUGAUGUCCCGUCUGGGAUACUGUACGGUCCUGGUCUGAAAAAAUGAUGUGAUCGGGCGGUCGUCAUGGCGGCACCCAUGUUAAAGUGGAAACGAAUCACAAAUCCGACCGGGCCUCAGCCAAGACCGAGACAUGGGCAUCGGGCGGUCGCUCUUAAAGACCUCAUGGUCGUCUUCGGCGGUGGUAACGAGGGAAUUGUUGACGAACUCCACGUAUUCAAUACAGCAACAAACCAAUGGUUUGUUCCAUCGACAAAGGGAGAUAUACCUCCCGGUUGUGCUGCCUAUGGGUUCGUAGUGGAUGGGACCCGAAUUUUGGUAUUCGGUGGUAUGGUAGAAUAUGGAAAGUAUUCCAACGAAUUAUAUGAGCUCCAGGCUAGUAGAUGGGAGUGGAAGCGAUUGAAACCAAAACCACCUAAACAGGAACAACCACCAUGCCCGCGGCUGGGUCACAGCUUCACACUGAUCGGCAACAGAAUAUUCUUAUUUGGAGGAUUGGCAAAUGACAGUGAUGAUCCUAAGAAUAAUAUUCCGAGAUAUUUGAAUGACCUGUAUACUCUGGAGUUACUUGGCAAUGGUGUAACAGCAUGGGAUGUACCACAAACUCAUGGAAACUCACCGCCGCCAAGAGAAUCGCACACUGGUGUAGCUUACGCAGAUCGCACAACUGGGAAAUCAUGUCUAGUUAUAUAUGGGGGAAUGAGCGGGUGCAGACUGGGGGAUCUGUGGUUUUUAGACAUAGACACAAUGACUUGGAACAAGCCAUUAGUCCACGGGCCGACGCCACUACCUCGUUCUCUGCAUACUGCUACUUUGAUCGGGCAUCGAAUGUAUGUCUUUGGUGGUUGGGUACCACUGGUCGUUGACGACGUCAAGGUAGCAACCCACGAGAAGGAAUGGAAAUGCACAAGCACAUUGGCAUGCCUAAAUUUAGAAACAUUAACGUGGGAACAAUUGACCGUUGAUUCACUGGAAGAAAAUGUGCCGAGAGCCAGAGCGGGCCAUUGUGCUGUCGCGGUCCAUAGUCGUCUAUACGUUUGGUCGGGUAGAGACGGAUAUCGCAAAGCUUGGAACAACCAGGUAUGCUGUAAAGAUUUGUGGUACUUGGAAGUUAAGAAACCACCAUCUCCGUCCAGAGUGCAAUUGGUUCGAGCUUCGACUCAGUCCCUAGAAGUUAGUUGGGCCGCCACACCUUCUGCUCAAUACUACAUCUUGCAAAUACAGAAAUAUGAUAUGCCACCAACAACGGGUACUUUCCCAGCAGCUGCGGCUCCUGUUAGCGCGCCUACAGCUGCUCCUGUUCCGGUUGCGGCAGCCGUUCCGGCGCCUGCUACUGUAUCAUCUCCACAGAUACCGCCAGUGGUCACGCCAGUUCCUUCCACCCCACCAAUCGUCCGGCAGCAAGCACCAUCCCAGACACCUGUACGAAUUCAAACGGCUGUGCAACAAAGUCCGGGGCAAAAGACAAUCCAAACACCAGUUAUGGCAAAACAAGGAAGUCCAAUGACUCCAAGAGUCACUGGGAAUCUUAUCCGCAUUCGUUCACCGCUUGUUACAACUGUAACUCCCACAACGGAUCAGGGUGCCUCACCUGGCACAACUUCUGCCAGUCAAUCUCCGACCACCGCAAUGUCCGGCAUACAAGCUUUAGCUGCUGCAGCUGCCGCAACACAAAAGAUCAGCAUGAACAAUGUGCAAAUACUUCCACAACCUGGCAACACCAUUAGAAUGAAAAACAUGCAGCCUGGUCAGCAAAUACGAUUUGCUGCACCAGGAGCAACGGUAUUAAGGACUGCCUCACCACAGCAGAGCAAACAGAUAAUCCUCCAAAAACCGGGACAAAACAUAACUGGGCAGCCACAAAUUGUUCACCUCCUCAAAGCCGGACAGGGAAUGGUCGCGGCAGUACCAAAAGUUAGUUUAAUUCAAGGAAAAACCGUGCAAACGGCAGGAUCAAAGCCUCUUAAUCAGGGACCAACAAUUCUUAGAUUGGUUAAUCCCAACACUGUGGCUGGCUCGAAGGUUCUCACGACAGUAAAAACUUCGAAUUUAGUUGCAAUGAGCAAAGGACAAAGUAUUUCCGGAAAACAGACUAUCAUGAUUACAAAACCUGGCGGGAAUGGCGGGCUGGUUGGCAGAACCAAUCAGAUUAUUGUCGUCACCACUGGCUCAGGUCUGAGAGCUGUUCAGGCUGUUACAACCUCUCAGGCCGGCUCUGGCCAACCUGGAAACCUAAGCACACCAGUUAACGUACUUCCUUUAUCAGCGACAAAUCAUGUAACCAAUCAGCAAGGUGUUAAAAUGAUUGUUGUAUCAUCUGGUGCCAUGGGUGGUGGGACUGCUGGGAAGCCUAUCACCAUAACGGUACCUGGCCAAGGGGGAGUACCAAAGACUGUUACAAUUGCUACAAAGGGAAAUCAACAGACACUCUUCAAUCCAACGAAAAAUCAAAUUGUCGCAGUUCCACAAAUGCAAAAAACACCAGAGGCUGUUACCGUUUCUGGUAAACCUGUAACGUUGCAAAUGUCCAGCGGCAUUGGUACCAAAACUGUCACUCUGAUGCCUAGCAGCAGCUCGAUUGUGACCACUGCUGGAACAUCAGAAAUCAUCGAUACGAGCAAAAUGAUUUUUGUACCCUCACAAAAACAACCAUCAGCCUCGCUGGCUUCAACAUCUGAUGGUCCAGCAACGACUGAUGCUGCGCUAGCAGCUCUAGCCGCAGAGGCUGGAUUGAUUGAUCCUGUUCAAGAAUCCUCUGGAGGUUUAUCGUUCAUGGUAUCUGCAGAUGAGACUGGAGCGGUAGAUGGCAAGGGGGACAGUUGUAACGGGAAUGAAGCAGCUGUUUUAGCGUCACAACUUGGGUCUGGGGAGCCACUACAAGUUGACAACGAUGGGAACUUUAUUAUCCCCCAAGUUGAUGGUCCUGCUGAUGAUUUAAUGGAAGAUGGAGAGGGGGGAGGAGAAGAAGAAGAAACAGCAGCAACAGAAAAUGAACCUGAAACGAAUGAGCCCACCGAUUCACACCCCGAAAAUGAUUCCAAUGAAGCUGAACAGCAUACGGAUUCUGUUACAGCCGACGUAAAGCUACGGCUUCAAGAAGCUGUACCUGAAGAUAGUAGUAAGGAUCCACAACUGGGCACUGAAACUUCAAAGACUCCACCAACUUCUGCAGAACCUCUUUCAACAGAACUGGAUGAAACAACGAAUUCAGAAAAUCCGGAAGCUCAGAUAAAACUUGAGGGAACUGAGGAGUCUGAGGAGAAUAGUGAACAACAGGAACAGUUACCAAACGAAAGUGCAGAAACUGAGGCUAACCUACCAGCUGAGGAUAUAAAUAUGAAAACAGAAGACAUAAGCCUGCCUUUAGAUGAAAAAAUUCUUGAAUCAGAAGGGGAAGCAGACAAUUCUCAAGACGAACAAAAUUCUGGAAAAGACAUUAGCAAUGAACAACAUCAGCUUGAAGCUAUCAGUAUGUCGGUAGAUCAGUCGGAUUCAGACAAUGUUUCGCAAGCAGAUUCACAGCCUGCUGUAGAUGACGCAACAUCUCAGGAUUCGCAGACAUCCCAGGAUGACAUUGAUCGGAAAAAAGUGGAUGACGAACCUGAAAGUGAAUCACUUAGAUUAAAUUUGGAGAAUCCUUUAUCACCAGAAAAUAUCAAGGCAAAGGAUGAGCCAAUGGAAACUGAAUCGGAAUUUUCAGUGGCAUCCAAGGCUCCUAUUCCUUCCCCAACGACUGCCACUCCCACAAUUUUACCAAAAUCGGAGCCACAAGAGCCACAGGACGAACCAAUGAAUGAAGACGAAGAUGAUGCAGUGUCUGAGCCUUCGCCAAUUGCUACAAAACCAUCUACCGCCACAAAUGUUACAACAAAUGGCAUUGCCCCAACUGUUAAGAGGCCAGUACCAGUGGCAAUUUUGAAAAAUGAACCCAAAGAUGAAAAGGAUGCUACACCUACAAGUGGUGACUCGACUGCUCUUACUACUUUGGCUACUGCAGCGUUAGGCUCUGCUGGACAAGCAGUCAAAGUCAAAGCUGAAAUGUUACGUUUCCAGACUGAAGAAGAAAAGAAGGAUGCCGACUGGUAUGAUGUCGAAGUGAUAAAGGGAACAACUUUUACAGUCCAGCAUUACUAUUUGCCUGGGGAUGAGCCCCUAAAUACAUCCCAACCCCUGCCAGCGGAUGUAUUUAAAGGACGUACAAAAAUCUUCCUUGAACCUGGCACCGCAUACAAGUUUAGAGUUGCUGCUGUGAAUAGCUGUGGUCAAAGUGGUUGGAGUGAGGUGUCCGCAUUCAAGACUUGUCUGCCUGGUUUUCCGGGUGCGCCUAGCGCCAUAAAAAUAUCAAAGUCUGCGGAAGGAGCUCAGCUAUCUUGGGAACCACCGCCAAGUAACUUGGGGCCGAUACUCGAGUACUCAGUUUACUUGGCAGUGAGAAGUGCCAGUGCUGUUUCAAACAGCGCUGGAGAAGCCACCACUGUUGCUACAACACCUACACAGCUUGCAUUCAUCAGAGUCUAUUGCGGCCCUACUAAUGCCUGUUCCGUACCUAACAGUUCGCUGAGUGCUGCUCACGUCGAUACGACGACUAAACCAGCGAUUAUAUUUAGAAUAGCUGCGCGCAAUGAUAAGGGGUAUGGACCAGCGACGCAAGUCAGGUGGCUGCAAGAUCCAACCACUGCAGUUAAGAGUAAUCCUCAACUUAAAAGGCCAGUCGCAGACGCACGUCCUCAAGCUAAUUCUCCUCAGAAGAAAUUCAAGACGGAUACCGGAACCGAGAAUUUCUCGUGAGCAAACCAAUUGCUACCUAAUCGCUCAAAGGACCGCUCUAUUCGCAAGAAGUAAUAUCUGCAGAUGGUAUAUGAAUAACAUUCGACAUUGCAGUCACAGGCACACACACACAUACACACAUAUAAGAUCAUACUCAGCUCGCGUAACAACACCCAUUCGGUAUCUAACUGAUAUGCGAAGCUAGCAACAAACAAGUAACGAGGUAGACGGAACAAUUUCAUGAUACUACAGUGUGAUAAAUAGAAGCGAUA